CGGGCCGUGGGGGCUUUUGCUGGUAAAUCCGGCCCCUGAUCCGGCGGCUCCCCGUAGCAAGGAUGCUCCUGAGCUUUCGGAGGGACCGCAAGAGCCAGUUUAGACACAUCAUCCAUGGCUUCCUGCCUGCAGCCAGCAUUGCUCCAAAGCCAGCUGUGCCCCGCACACCUCCUCCCCGCAGCCCUAACCCGUCUCCAGAGAGACCAAGGUCUGCCCUCGCCGCAGCCAUUCUGUCAACUACCCUGACUGGACGGACCGUUGCCAUACCCCAGCCUCGCCAGAGAUCCCGGUCCGAGAGUGACAUCUCCUCCGAUGACAAGGCCAGCUUCAUCGAGCCCUAUGCCACCACCUCAGAGCUGAGGCUUCGGCCAAGCUGGCAGACUGAGAUGGGAAAAACUUCUCUACCAUCCUUUGAAACACUGGGCUUUGGUGAAGAAGAGGAUACUGAAACCCAGGCGUCCAGCAGCACCAAGGAGUCAGGGGCUGGCAGCACCAGGAAAGACGAGGGAGCUUGCAGAGGCGCUAUAUACGCGGUGUCACACAGAAACCAGGUGCUAUUGUCACAUGAAGAGGACAGUGAAGACGAGGAGAAUGUUUCUGAGCACGAUGGGCUUUCAGGCAUCUCACAGCUUACCCUGCAGCAUACACAACCGAAAGAUGGUAAGCACUCUGUUCUGAAUUUAAAGGAUGAAAAAGUGCCAUUGUGUGAAAAGCCUCCUCCCUCCCCAGAUACAGCUGGUAGACUACGUCAAAGAUACAUAGAAAUAACCAAAGAAAAGUUGGAGGAAUUGAAAGAAGAAAACUUGCACCUAAACACUACAAAUCAAGCCCUUACCCUUGAACUAAAUGCACUAAAACAAGCCAUGAAAGAGUUACAAGUGAAACUUAAGAGAACAGAAAAAGACAACGGGAGGCUGAGCCGGGCUGAGAAGACGUCCUCUCAGGAAGCUGCUGCACCUGACGUCCUUCACCUGAGGAAACAAGCCCAAGAGCUGGUGGAUGAAAACGACAGGCUGAAAAUGCUUGUCCACCGUUUGAACGUGGAGCUGAGCCGCUAUCAAACGAAGUUCAGGCGUUUGUCCGAGGAAGAGGGUUCACAUACUGAAGGCCUCCCAUCAAAGGGCCCUGCACCACCGUGGUUGCUGGACAUAAAGUACCUCUCACCGCUGCUGCUGGCUUAUGAGGACAGGAUGAAAGAGAAGGACGAGCUCAUUGCCACCCUUGAGGAGGAAAUGAGGAUGUUUAAGACUCGAGUCCAGGAAGUAGUGAAAGAAAAUGAACAGCUGCACCACGAGUUCAACAAGAGCAGUACUGUCACCACCGAGGAAUGGCGACAGCUUCAGAAGCAAGCAGAAUUGGUUUUAGAGGAAAACAAACUGUUGAUAGAGCAGCUGGAGAUUCAGCAAGCAAGAGCCAAGGAUGCCCACCAGGAGCGGCUCCAAGAGGUUUCUAAGCUGACUAAAAAACUCAUGCUCCUGGAGACGAAAACACAGAGGCAGGAAGAGGAGUUGACGGACAGCAAGGGGCAGCUGGAGAGCUUGCGUGCCAGGCUGCAGGAGCUCCAGACUCACUGUGACAGCAAGGUCGCAGUGGACGUCCACACCUCCAUCGUGAGCGAGUUGAAGAGCCAGCUGCAAAAGGAAGAAGAGAAAGAGAGUGCCGAGAUGGAGGAGCUGACGGAACAGCUGGCCAUCCUGCAGGUGCAGAGGAAGAGCCUGCUUCUUGAGAAGAGCGAGUGGACGGCUCGCAACCGAGCGCUGGACGCCCAGCUGGAGCGCACACAGAGAGAGAAUAGGAGAUACCAGAAGAAAAUCCAAGUGCUCAAGAAGCAAGUGGAAAAGGCCAUAGGGAGAGAAAUGUCUGCUCACCAGUACCUCGCACACCUCGUUGGCUUCACAGAGACGCUAACCCAGGAACGCGACAGUCUCAAGCAGCUGGCUAAAUGUUUAGAAAAUGAGAAGGAUGGAGUCCUCAGCAAAAUCAUGAAAGGCAACAUCCGUCUGGGCAAGCUUCAGGAAAAAGUCAAGGGCUACAAGAAGCAGGCCUCCCUGCAGCUGGAUGACAUCAGUCAGCGUCUGCUGGAGCAGCAGGAGGACUUUGCGGACAGGACAGCGCAGUACCAGCAGGAGAUGCGGCACCUGCAGAGGAUGCUGCAUGACAAGCAGGAGGUCCUGGAUGGGGCGCUGCAGCAGAAGAGAGAAAUGGAAGGUGAGCUGGAAGUCAUCUGGGAGUCGACCUUCAAGGAAACCCAAAGGAUGAGAGGACUCCUCCAGGCCACGCUGGAGAGGAGAGGCAUGCAGGAUGGGGCCAGCUGGGGCCUCUGCCCCCAUGACGUCUCUCAGGGUGACCUGCUGGGCGGCUCCAGACUCAGCUGCUGACAUGCAGCCUCCUGCCACCUCCACCCCCAGGGUCCGUGUGAGCCCUGGGGUUAGGCCCUCGGUCUGAGCCGUCUGCCUCAGGCAGUGGAGAUGCCAGCUCCCCUCCCCAGGACGAGGGCCAGCAGUGACAAGGGACACGCAGGAGC